AUGUCCACCAACAACUUCUCAUCCACCACAAAACUUGGAGAGUACUUUGCCAAACUCUCUGCACGCAAGGCUGAUGGCAUGAACUGGAUAUUCUUUCAUGAUUGCUUCCUUUUUGCUGUUGAUGCUGUAGGUCUGAGUGACCAUUUUGAGGAUGUUGGAACUGCAACAGAACCAACUGCACUAACUGCAGUAGAUCCCAAGAACCUCACAGCAGAUGAAGCAAAGGCAACCAGCAAGUACCUGAAAACGUGCAAGAUAUGGAGGUCCGAGCAAGCCAUAAUCAAGCAGAGAAUUGCCUCAGUUAUUUUGGAUUUGUUAUUCUUGAAGGUGAAGGGCAAGGCAAUGGCAAUGGCAAUGUGGGAGAAGGUAAAGUCAGAGUAUGAGAAGAAAUUGAAGAUGGUCACAGUUGACCUGCACCAGAAGCUCCAGGAUGAGUGA